AUCUGUCUGUGUGUGUGUGUCAGUCUGAUGGGCUGGUGGGGACACAACCUGAAGACCAGAUUCCUCAUGAACAACGAAAUGGAGCUUCAGCCUGGUGUUAAUGGAUUCCGUCUGUCCAAUCAGCCUGUUUUACUGGUGUGUCCACUACAGGCCAGUCUAGAGAUUUUUAACCGGACGAGCAUGAAGGAUCUGAGGAGGAAGUCAGUGCUGCUGACGGGGUAUCUGGAGUAUCUGAUCAGACAUUACUACACCAAAGACCCGUCAGACCCCGACAGACCCUCGGUUCACAUCUUCACGCCCUCUGACCCCGAGCAGAGAGGCUGCCAGCUGUCUCUGUGCUUCUCUCGUCCAAUCAGAGCCGUGUUUCAGGAGCUGGAGAAGAGAGGAGUCGCCUGUGACAUGCGAGAGCCCAAUGUGCUGCGGGUCGCUCCGGUGCCGCUCUACAACUCCUUCACCGAUGUUCACCGCUUUAUCACUGCUCUGGGAUCAGCGCUGAGCGCCAGCGGAGCCGAAUAGACACAUUCUAUUGGUGCAACGUGAAGCAUAUUUAUUGGCUGCUGUUGCUCUGUGAAGCUGCUCGUUAACACGACGAGAGCAUCAGUGUCCAUUACUGAUGAAUCAGUUUUAUAUGCAAUUGUUUCCAAAAUAGCCAAUAAAUGUUUUUCUUCACAUCAGCUAAUGAUCUGAGGGAUUUCAAAGGAUUUUGUGCCAUUAAUCUGAAUUACUGUCAUAGAGUUUGUGUAGAACAGUUAAAAAAUAGAUUUAAUAUGCAUGCAGAAAUUAGUCUUUGUUCAU